CUCUCUCUCUCUCUCUCUCUCUCUCUCUCUCUCGCUAUAUAUAUAUAUAUAUAUAUCCCCUCCUCCUCCUUAAUCUUCAACCCUUCAAUAUAUCCCCUUUUUGCUCCAUUGUCUUUCCCCCAUCAAACUAUCCCACUGAUCUCUCCCUCCAUGAAUGGGUCCUAGACCCUCAACAGUUGAAAAGCUCUUGGCCUUCUCCAUCACCAUUAUAGCCGCCCUCUCGCCGCUCUAUGUAGGCCAAAAACCCGCACCAAAAGCCGAACCCGAAGCCGAAGAAAGUAAAUUUUCUAUCUUACCCCUGCUUCUCCUAAUAUUGAUCGUGUGCAUAAACUUGUCUCGGUGCUUUGAUAGGAGGCUCACACGGCUUGAUCCUUAUUGGAUCCACAGGGCUGGUGGCUCUUCUUUGGGGAUCGUUGCCAUGCUUUCAGUACUUUUCUUUGUGCUCAAAUUCAAGACUUCUUUGGAGAAUUAGAGAGAGAGCUUGAGCUCAAUUGGUGCUCCAUUGCAAAGACUUCAAUAAAGAACUAAUACUCUUUAGAGAGAGAGAGAGACAGAGAGCUGACCUCAAUUAAGUACUGUUUUUCUCCUGUUUUGAGGAAAUUGGUAAGCUGAGCUCAAUUCUUGAGAUAAUUUCAUUUUUUUCUUUUUUUUUUGAGAAAAUUGGUUUAUGGUCUUGGCUAUGCUAGAGAGAAAAGGGCUUGAAAUGGGGGUCGUGCUGGUUCUCGGUCGGACUUGUUCAUUUUAAUACAUUGUGGCUUGUGACUCAAAUCUUGUGGCAAGCUUAAAGGCUUGUUUCAGAUAUUUACGUGAAAAAAUUUUCUCGACUUGUUCAUAAUAAUAGAAUCAAAUCUUUUAACUA